UCUGUGGAAUUAAAAAGUUUCCCCCCUAAAUUCGGCCUCAGUGAUUGGUUAUUCUCUAGUUUGAAUUAUGAACGUUUUUCAAAAUUACAGUGGUGUUUUCUAAAUUGUUUGUCCGCUUUGCGUACUUUUGUGAUGUUUUUUGAGUUGCGUCUUUGAGCGUCCGAAGAAAUUCGGGAUUUUAAACAUGGAGAAUUCAGAUCCAAACAACAUGGCUGCCGACAGCUCCCUCAACUCUCAACGGGUGUUCAAGAAAUCUUCCCCGAACAACAAGCUCACCCUGUACCUAGCGUCGCGGGACCUGGUUGUGGAGACGAACAGCAUCGACCGCAUACAGGGUGUCCUUCACGUGGACCCUGAACAUGUGGACAACAAGAAGCUGUAUGGACAAGUCACUCUGACGUUCAGAUACGGCCGCGAAGAUGAAGAGGUGAUGGGCCUGAAGUUCUGCAAUGAAGCGAUCAUGAGCCUUGCGCAAGUGUGGCCUAUCAACUGUAACCACGAUAGAGAACCAAGCACGGCCUUACAGGAGGCUUUGAUGAAACGCUUGGGUGCCCACGCGUACCCGUUUCAACUAGAACUGACGCCACUGGCGCCCCCUAGUGUGCAACUGGUGCCCGCUAAGCAGUAUCACGGCGCCCCAAUUGGCACUUCUUACGACGUCCGGGCUUUUAUAGCGGAGAAAGUCGACGAGAAGGUGUCGCGGCGCAACAUGGUGCGCAUGGGCAUCAGGGUGCUUCAGGGAGCGUCGCGCGCCGCCGCCGCCGCCGCUCUGCCGCCGCCCUCGCCCGCGCACAGCUCCUUGAGCGCCUUGGCUCAUUACCAGCUGCUGAGGUACGCCGUAUUAACUGUAGACGCCAUUUUAAGUUUAGAGAAGGUGUCGGAGUGCUGCAGGGCGCGCGAAAGCUCAAACCCUUCAGAGCCGCCCGCGCCGCGGGUGGUUGUAGAAAAACCGUUUCUGCUCUGCGACGGUCGACUGAGGUUGGAAGCCUGGCUGGACAAGUCCGCCUACUACCACGGCGAGCCAAUCAUCGUCAGUUUCUCCAUCGUCAACCAAUCCAACAAGACUGUUCGGCGCAUCAAGGCGAUGGUCGUCCAACAUGUGGACGUUUGCAUGUUCUCUAACGGCAAGUUCAAGAACGUGGUGGCCUUCGAGAAGGACAACUCCCAAGUGCUGCCCGGGCAGAGUCUCGACGGCUCCUACACUAUGAUACCUAGCCGGGGCGUUACAAAGAACUGGAUAGCCCUCGAGGAUUCGUAUUCCAAAACCGGGGCCUGUCUGGCAUCCACGGUCCUCUGCAGCUCAAACUCACCUGAAGACCGCAAUGUGUUUGCCAUUUACGUGUCCUACUACGUGAAGAUAAAACUAAACGUCAGCGGCAUAGGCGGAGAACUGUCAGUUAAGCUGCCCUUCUCCCUGUCACAUGCUACCAUCAAUGAAGCGCCCACUGACAGCGUGAUGGAAGAAGCUACACACCGCAUGAUCCUCGAAGGCAGAGAGAACAGUGACGAGGAAGAUGAUGAAGACGAAGAAGAUAAAGAAGACGAAGAAGCCACCGCCGACGAGAACCAACAAUCUGAUUUAGAAGAAGACCCUAAAGCUUUAGAAGGGCGCUGUUGCGUCUCCGCCGACGUUUGCGUGAACAUCAUCGAGAAUAAAUUAUGCGAGAGGCCACGCUUCGAAGGGCCGACUCAGGUCCGCAAAUGCAAGCACGACGAUGACGACAUGAACCUCAUCGUCCGCUACCCCGGCCCGGAUACGUGAUCCGACGAGGAGCAGGACGCUACCAACGGGGCAAGCAAGACUGAGGAAGCAACGAAAGCUAAUCCGCGCAUGAUCGACGUCCACGCGACCGUCGCAGAGGAGACCGGCUUCUUCGGGAAGCUGAGGCAGUCGGUUUGCUGCUUGAACCGUCGUCACUCAUAAACUGGACUCUAAAAGUUUUUGCCUUCGACAAUUAAUAAAGUGAUGUUGAACUAGCUGUUAAUGAACAUUGGUAUUAUUAGAAGAAACCCAAGCUUCAAAUUACCCGCAGUCCAAUGACUUUGAAAUGUCAAUCGUUUUCAUGUUUAUGUAGUCGGAAAUUCUAAAAGUUAUCACCGUAUAAGUAAUAUAAAUUGUUUAACUGUAGGUAGAUUAAGGAUUGAAGUCAGAAGACUUGGUGGUGCCGAAUUAAGCCUGAAUGGAGUACGCUUACUAAAUUAUAGUAGAUUAGACUUUUAGCGUCAUUAACCCUUUACUGCAUACGGAGCCAUUUAUGGCCGAUAUGAUGUUGAACUCUAUUGAGAACUAUUAAAGUUUUUCAACUAAUAUUUUUUAAUUCAUGCGGUAAGGGGAUCCAAAUUAUUAUGAACAUGUUGAAAAUGUUUUUCAGUUCACUAAUCUUAUACUUCACCAAUCAAUCUUAUUGUGUUUUUCUAUCAGGCCGAAUGUCAAGUUUAAUAAGGACAGAUAUCAACAGUAAUUGAAUAACAUCUGGACUUAGGUAAAUCUUUGAAGAUUUAGGUUAUUCAUGAACAGCCAAAGUAAAUGUUAUAUUAAUGUUAAAUAACAGAGCUACUCCCUAUACCUACUUCUAAUCUCAGUGCAUUGCGCGUUGUUUUCACGGAUAUCUUUGUACCUAAUAAAGAAGCAAAAUACUUUCAUAAAAAACCCACGAUUUAACUUUACUAAUAGUACAAUAUACCAACUUAAUACAAUCUUAACGAAUUUGGUAGUUCGAUCCUUAGGAACUUUUUGUACCCUAUUUUAAAUCUUUACACUUCUGGGAUUGUUAGUUAUGAAUGAUAUACAUUUUUCGAAGCGUUUUGGACCAAGGUCAUGUUUGGGAACUAUAUAAUAUAUGU